CGCACAGGUAGCGCGUCGCGUAAAUGUAACUAUCGUAUCUCGUGUUGAUUUAAGUUUGGGAAAUACACUUAUUUUGUUUACGAUAUAAAUGUAAUAAUUUAAGCCCCAAGUAAUUUGUUUACGUAUACUGUAUUUAUAGAGGUUUUAAGACCUCCACACGCGUGUUAUAAAAGAGAAGUUGUAUGUCUGUCGUUAUCAAUUGAUUCUUAGGGUCGGGUGUAUAGAACUGUUGAAUAUGAGUGAAUCUCGGAGGUCGGAGAGUUGUGAGAGUGAGAAGAAAUAUGAGUUGGUGCCUCCAGAGGGUGGUUGGGGAUACGCGGUUUGUGUUGGCCUUUCCGUUAUAUUUAUAGCUGGCACUGCUCACCAACCAGUAUUUGGAUUUAUUUACAAUGAUUUUUUAGACGAACUCGGCGUUGGAACCGGCGCUGUAACCGUCGUGUAUGGAGUUUUUCAAGUUACGCUCGCCAUUGCUGGAUUCUCGGCAAACAUAGCACUGAAGAAAUUAUCACUCAGACAAGUCGGACUUAUCGGAGCGUUUAUUUACACUUUCGCAUCAUUUUUAGCCAUUUUUGUGGUGUCGACAACACAACUGAUUAUAACAAAUGGAUUCUUGCAAGGGUUGGGGAUGGGCCUUCUUAUUCCGGUGUCAUAUACAAGCUUUAAUAGUUAUUUUACAAGGAAAAAAGUGCUUUAUUUGAGUCUGUGUAAGGCAUCUAUUGGACUGAUAACGAUGGUGUAUCCAUUGUUUAUAAAAUUUACUAUCACUGAAUAUGGAUUUAGAGGCACGUUGGCCAUUUUAUGUGCUAUAUCUGCUCACAGUAUUUUCGGGGCAUUAGUCAUGCACCCGGUACAAUGGUAUAUGGUGAAACGAGUAAAAUCAUGUGAGAAAAUUGUUUUGAUCCCACCAACGCCGGCGAUAGAAAACGGCAAAAGUUUCGAUUUCCCGAAGCAUAUAACUGGAACUAAACAAGACGCCAGAUCAGUUGAGAACUUGUACAUAAAGCACAGCUUAGAGAACCCACACAAAGGAUCCGGGCUUCUAUUCAUUCCCAAGUUGACCGACUCAAGGAGAUUAAGUAUUCCUGUGGUUUUGAUACCGGCGGAUGGAAAGAACGACGCGAAGUUUAACUCUAGUGACAAUGUGUAUAUUGAGAACCUUUAUAAAGCGGCAUCUGUGUCGAGUUUAGGCAACUUCGGCAACAUGGUGGAGCCCAUGCCUAUAAUUAAGAAUAAGGAAGGUAAAUGGCAAACAGUCGCAGAAUUCCUUGAUCUAACCCUACUGAAAGAUCCUGUUUUCGAUAACAUAAUUUUUGGGUUGGCGCUGUCAUUUUUCGCUGACCUCACAUUUUUCACAUUGGAACCUCUUUUCUUGGACAAAAACAAUCUUACGAAGUCAGAGAUAGCUAACAUAAUAGCAGUUGGCGGAGCAACCGACAUGUGUGCGAGGCUUCUCUUGGGGGUGUCUGGCCAAUUCUUCAGGAUGAACAGCAGAUACAUGUUCUAUGCUGGAGCGCUUUUGGCCGCUUUAUUUAGAAUAGUAAUCAUAAACUACACAUCGUAUACCUCUCUUCUAGUCUUAACGGGAUUAUUGGGUGCAUUUAGAUCUCUAGUGCAUAUAGCUCAGCCUAUAGUAAUGGCGGAGCAUGUACCUAUAGAGAGGUACCCACCGGCUUAUGGCAUAUACAUGUUGUUAGCUGGAGGGAUUAGCUUGACUGUGGGGCCUAUGAUAGGUUUCAUUCGAGACUACACCGGCAGCUAUAAGAUUGCAUUUAUUAUGCUGGCUAUGUGCAACUUCUUCUGUGUCAUACCAUGGACUAUCGAGGCUGUUAUAAGGUACAUAAAACGAAGAAAGGAGACGUCGCAAAUAUGUAAACAAUGAGUAUAAAAAGGACAGCAAUACUUGGAGUGCCCAAUUUUAUUUACAUAUGAAGUGAUAUCCUACUAAAAUUAGAUAUGUUCGUGACUCUUUCGCGCAAAAACCACUAAACGGAUUUUGGUGAUACUUGGCAGCGAUGUAGCUUGUGUAAAACACUUGAGCUAUAAAAAUACUUGAUUUUGUCUGAGGAUUCGUCAGUAGGUAAAACCGCG